CCUCUCGGCUCCCGUAGAGGACAUUCCAAGAUGGCGCUGCGCACUGCUGGUUGUGUUGCGGUGCGGCCUGCAGCAGGUUUGUGGGUCAGUAAGGCGAGGACGUUGGUCACAACAGCGGUCCUCAGGUGGCGCCAGGCCCCUCUGGGUCCCAUGCCAAAUGAAGACAUUGAUGUUUCAGACCUGGACUCAUUAAAGAAGUACAACACCUACAAUCUGUACUUCAAAAAGGCUUCAGAGGCCAAUAACAAGGAGGUGUGGUGGAAGACCUACAGGAAGUACAAGGAGGCUGCUGACCCUGAACACGGUGCAGAGCUGGUGGACAUCGGUCUGCCUCCGCUUCAACGCUGCAGGAAGGAGGAGUUGAAGCAGAGGAUGCAGCUGUUGAAGGACAACAAGAACAAUGCAGAGCUGGAGAGGGCUUCUCGUCUUCGUACCUUCAGGAUCCCUCUGGACCGUGUGCAGGAGACCUGGGAGAAGACGGACAAGAAGUUCCAUUUGAAGAGGCUGGCAGAGCACUACGGGAUCUUCAGAGACCUGUUCCCCAUGGCCUACUUCCUGCCUCAGGUCAUCCUGCACGUCAGCUACAGCCAGGAGGACCGGAAGGUCCAGGUGCACAAUGGGAACAAGCUGACACCUGCUGAAGCAGCAGCCGCCCCUGAAGUUAGCUUUGCUGCAGAGGAAGGGUCUCUGUGGACCCUCCUAUUCACCUGUCCAGGGCAACAUACCAGGAGGAGCAGUGCAGGAGGGACAGGAGCUGUGUCACUACAUGCCCCUCAUCCCUGCUAAAGGAACAGGAUUCCAACGCUACGUUUACGUCCUCUUCAAGCAGGACAAUUACAUCGAUUUCCAGGAGGAGGUCAGGGAGUCUCCAUGCCACUCCCUGCAGGAGCGCACAUUUAAGACGGUGGAUUUCUACAGAAAACACCAGGAGGUCAUGACCCCUGCAGGCCUGGCCUUCUUCCAGAGCCAGUGGGAUCCAUCUGUUACAGACACCUUCCACAACACGUUCC